UUACAGACCCCAACACUAUGGGAGAUUUACUAGUCAAUUAGGACAUAAUAGUCAAAGUUAUAGUAGAAAUUAUAAUAAUUUUAACGAGAAUAGACCUUAUAGAGAUGAAAAUUAUAAUAAUAGAUCAAACAAUAAAAGAAGAAAUUAUAAAUGUUACGAUAGCUCAAGUAGCCUAGAUAGCCACUCAAGUAGCAGUGAGCGAGAAAAUAAUUCGCCAGAACAAGGAUCAAAUAAUCACUAUAAUCGAUCGCCAGAUCGAAGAAUUAAAUUUGAGAGAAAUCGAAGUCCUAGAAUUGGGACUUUUAGCCCAUAUAUGCUUGUAAUUCUCGCAUUAUUCUGUUUAACAGGAUCAGCUUUGAGUUGCUUUAAUGAUGCAUCCAUUCCAAUAUGGAGAUUACCAAAUGAUCCGAUAUUCCCUAAAUUUACUAUAGGAGAUAUUAAUAUAUUAAAAAAUAAAACUCCUGCUUUUGAAAAUGAAUAUGCGAAAACGGAGGUAAAUAAAUGCAGAGGCUUUUUUGACACCUAUAUACAGAGAGAUGAGACAGUAAACCAAUUUAGGAUAUUAGUCUUUAGCUGUUUUGUUACAGUUCUAUUUGUAUUAAAAUUUGUUUUACGUUCGAUCUUAGCAGGCCCAAUAAAUUAUUUAAAUAUUGGAGAAGCAAUAUAUAGUAGAAUAAAGAGUUAUAGAAAGUUAAAUAAAAGAAUGAAAUGUAUUAGACAAAUUAAGAACAAAAUUAAAUCAAAUAAAAGUGAGUUAAAAGAGAAUAAAAUAUCACUUUCUAAAAGAUGGCCCUCUAGGAAUAAAAUUGUAAGAGGAGAUUUAAAUAAAAAUAGACAAAAUAAUAUUAGAAUUUGCGUUGCGGAAAAUACCCAGUGUGACAAAAAUUCCAGAAUAUUAACUAAAAUUAACGGAAUAACGACCAUAUGUUUACUAGACACUGGAGCGCACACAUCAAUUAUUAGUAAUUCCAAUGCCAAGAAAAUUGGUCUAAAAGAUAUGUCCGCUGCAAAUUUUCCAGCAGUUUACGGUAUUGGCAAUAAAUUAGUACCGACUCUAGGUCAGGCUACAGUCGAGUUAGAAAUUGCUGAGUGCAAAAUUCAAACAAAUUUUGUAAUUAUUAAGGAUACCGAGAGAAAGAAUCAAACAUAUAGCGCCAUUAUUGGUAGAGAAACAUUAAGUUGCUUACCCCUUAUGUUGAAUUUUACCAACUGGGAGCUUAUUAAAAUUCCGAUUGAGUAUAAAUUAAUUAGUUGCAGAGAAUUAGAUAAAAUAUCAAGAAUGCUAGAUGAUCUAAAGACCAAAAAGUCUGAAAAAGAGAAUAUAAUAUGUCAUUAUUGCAAGAAAAAAGGGCAUAUUGCCAGUAUCUGUUUUUACCGUAAUCCGGAUUAUAAUCCGAGAGGACAUCGCAUUCAAACUAUAGUUGAAAGGGAAAGCGGAGCUUUUAGAAUUGCGCAUAAAGACCAACAUAGGUUGAGAAUUUCGCAGCUCUAA